UUUUGCCACUGUUUUCUGGAGAGUGUUUCGAGUAUUGCGAAUUUUGGGCGGGGUUUUCGCCAUUUGGGGCUUUUUGAUGUGAAUGUCAGGCGGUGGCGAUUAUCAGCCACGACCGGAACGUUCAGGCUUUGGACGGCCCUCCCUGUAUUCAUACCGAGUUUUGCGUGGAGUCCCUGCACGGGAUGACGCGCUAAUGCUGGGGAGGGAGAUCACACUUUCCCCUGGGGACUGAAUGAGUGGUGUCGCAGGGUGUCUUGGAAUGUGAGCGAUUGGUUUAGGAGCCACUGCAGGGUUUCUGGUUGUGUAUUAUGUCUGAAGCAUAUGCCACGGCUUCCCUCUGCUUUCUCUUUCUGCGCUACCAUCACCACAGCUCGAAAGCUGUAGGACAGAUUCCAACAUUGUUCACUUCGUUGUUCACAGAUUUAGAAUGCUGGUCGGUUGUUGAGGUUUUCCUUUAGGGACACAUUGAGCAGUUCUUUUUCAAGUUUUCAGUGGUGUACGUGCCUAAUCUUCAUGCAUGGAAGGCACCGAGAGAUUGCAACCGUUUCUGUUACAUAGAAGAGUGCUGUUUACGUAGGUGGCUUUAAAGGGGGCGACAGAAGUACCUCAAACUUGCUACCAUUUGUGACUCCUGAUGGAUUACAUUUCCCGUUAACUAUCAUCAGUCCGCAGCAUUGGCUAUAGUAGGCCUUAGCUUUAGCCGACCGUCAACAAGUUGACAACUGCAAUCUACACCUUCAUCCUCACAGGAUGCCGUCGAAGCUUGAAUUUUCCGAAUUAUUUGGUAAGGAGUCAAAUCGGGGACCACCAGUGGUGGUGAAGAUGGAGAAUCCCAACUUCGAUAUGCUGGAGUUUGAUAGUCCCACGACUGCGAUGCGUGGUGGACAGGCAGCCAAAGGCAAGGGCAAAAAUGCGAAGCAGUUAACCUGGGUGCUGCUUCUCAAAGCCAACAAGGCUGUUGGAUGCUUGACGUGGUUAGCAUCUGGUAUUAUGAUAUUGUUGGACGCCAUCAAGGAUCGACUCAUUCUCCGCAAAAAUGUCAUCAACGCUUCGAAGGGAAAGUUAUCCCGGGUUAUCAUCGGAUUUCUGAUCUUUGCGUUGAUUAUGUUGUGCGUUGAAGUGGGAGCUCACACCCUAGGCUGGCAAUUCUCCGUGCCACAAUGGCCAACCACUCUUAAUGUUUCAAGUCUUCCGCAUGCGUUAUUCAUGGGAUGGUUGUUUAUUCGUGCUUCGUACAUUGCGCCUGCGCUCCAGAAGGUGACAGACUUCUGCAUCUGGUUGUUCCUUCUUCAGUCCCUGGAUCGAAUCAUCUUGUGCAUGGGCGCUGUGUAUAUCAAGUGGAAGAAAAUCAAGCCUACGCCUGUGAGUCCCUCCCUGGAGUCUGAUGACAUCGAGCAACCGGAUAAAGGCCACCCCAUGUGCUUGGUGCAAAUACCCAUGUGCAACGAGCGGGAGUGUUACGAGCAAUCGAUUUCAGCAGUUUGCCAGCUUGACUGGCCGAAGAACCGGAUCUUGAUCCAGGUGCUGGAUGACUCAUCUGAUGAGGAGGUGGCGGGGCUGAUCGAAACAGAAGUGAAGAAAUGGCAGCAAAAAGGAAUCAACAUAAUCUACAGGCAUCGGACUGACCGUACCGGUUACAAGGCUGGAAACAUGAAGGCGGGUAUGGAAUGUGACUACGUCAAGGAUUACGAGUUUGUGGCCAUCUUCGAUGCCGACUUUCAACCAAAAUCUGACUUUCUCAAGCUUACAAUCCCCCAUUUCAAGGACAAUCCGGAGUUAGGCCUUGUGCAGGCCCGAUGGGCCUUUGUGAAUAAGGAUGAGAAUCUGCUGACACGGCUUCAGAAUAUCAACUUGUCCUUUCACUUCGAAGUUGAGCAGCAAGUGAAUGGAGUGUUUCUCAAUUUUUUUGGCUUCAAUGGCACCGCGGGCGUGUGGCGAAUCAAAGCACUGGAAGAUUCUGGUGGUUGGUUGGACAGGACCACUGUGGAGGAUAUGGACAUCGCUGUUAGGGCUCAUCUCAAAGGCUGGAAAUUCAUCUUUCUGAACGAUGUUCGGUCCCUGUGUGAGCUUCCUGAGUCGUAUGAAGCGUACCGCAAGCAGCAACAUCGGUGGCAUUCUGGACCUAUGCAACUUUUCCGUCUAGCUCUGCCAGACAUUAUCAACGCUCAGAUUUCAUGGUCGAAGAAAUUUAACAUGAUCUUUCUCUUCUUUCUCUUGAGAAAGCUCAUCCUACCAUUUUACUCCUUUACAUUAUUCUGCAUCAUCCUACCUAUGACCAUGUUCGUCCCGGAAGCAACCCUACCAGCUUGGGUUGUGUGCUACAUUCCUGCCCUCAUGUCACUCCUGAACGUCAUCCCGUCACCGAAGUCCUUUCCUUUCCUCGUACCUUUUCUGCUAUUCGAGAACACCAUGUCCGUCACUAAGUUCAACGCCAUGAUAUCGGGUCUCUUCCAACUGCGUAGUUCACACGAGUGGGUUGUCACCAAGAAGUCAGGGUCAAAAGGGUUAGCGGACAUCGCUCCAUCGUCAACAGAGGCAGAGCUUUUAGACGAGGUCAAGGAAGUGAAGACCGCACCUGUUGUUUUGGGACGAGGUUUUUCGGAGUCUGGUAUAGAUACGUUGAAACAACAAGCUGAAUCAAGCGCUCCAGCGCCAGUGCCGAAGAAGAAAGGAAGCCGUUUGUAUCGCAAGGAGCUUACUUUGUCUUUCCUACUCUUGACUGCUGCGGGCAGGAGUUUGCUCUCAGCGCAAGGAAUCCACUUUUACUUCCUUCUCUUUCAAGGUAUCUCGUUUCUUGUGGUUGGUCUAGAUCUUAUAGGAGAGCCAACCGGUUGAUCUCAGGUAUUACACGAAAGUAGUUCAUUUUUUCAAGUCUAUCGAACUUGCUCUCUGUGAGAAGAAUAGGGCUCCACCAUGUCCAGCGACCCUCAACAAGCAAGCUGAUUAGAAAUCUCAUGCAGCUUCCUUACACCGAAGCCUUCAUUGCAGAAGGAUGCAAUGCUGAUAAAGGCUUACUGCCGUUUACAGUGAUUGGGAUGGUUUGUCUUCAAGCCAAUCAUCUGUACCAGGAAUUAGUAACAAUUCAGCUCGAGAGCAGUACUGGACAAUGAGAGGUUGACGAGCUUCUAAUUUUCAAUAGAAGCCACGCACCCCAUUUUCUUUUUACUUCUAGCUGAAAAGAAAGGUCGAAGGACUUCGAUUGUGAAGAGUAGUGCCUCCCAGUGCGGUUCUUGAACACGUCAGGUUUUUUAACCUGAAACCAAUUAAAUUCAUCACGUAAUUCUUUUAGUCUUAGCUCCACGUUCAGAUGCCCCUGAAGCGUGCACUGAAGCUUGUGCUAUAAGCUUCUUUUUGUGCGAACCAAUCAUUAAUUCUCAGUGUAAAUUCCUAAGCAUUGGUGACGUAGCUCUGUAAAACUUAGUCCCAAGUUCUGUCUGGUAAACAUUUUUGCUAUGUAGGGCAUCGUCAAAUGUUUGUUUGGUUCCAACGUCAGCUGUAAUCACUCCUUUGAACAGUAUCUAGCGAUAUCAUCCGUUCAAUCUCUGUGAUCGAUUGAGUGGAGUCUUUCCGAUUUGUUUUA